CCGGAAGUGAGCAGGAGUAAAGGAACUCUCCUAUUUGGUCCACCGCAUCGCACGUGGUUGUGAGUCAUAGGGUCUUCUCUAUUGCGUCAUCGAAUUGGCAUCAGUCGAUCUUCUCGAAGGCUCCAAGAGCAGUCAAUCAGUUUUCGAGGAUCCACGGACACGCCAGACUAUGCGGCACUCUCUACAACACGUCACGCUUCUUACCAUUCUGUCUCUUCAGAUGAUUCAGGGAGACGAAGGUCACUGUGUAUGGUACGGCCAGUGUGGAGAAAGUUCGACCACACAGAAGGAAUUGAAUUGUUACUACAACGGUACGGCCAAACGAGUUCUCGACGAACAAAAUGGACAAAAAUUGCUCGCUGGACUACAAACCUUGUGCCCCAACAUCUACAAAGGAGAGAACACGACAACAUGCUGCAAUUACAACAUGUUCAUGACUUUGUCAUCUAACAUGCAGAUACCGGCCGCUAUGUUGAGCCGAUGCCCGUCCUGCUGGCACGACUUUCGCGAUCUCUAUUGUGCAUCAACAUGUGACCCUCACCAGUCAAACUUCAUUCAAGUUCUGGGAGUCAACGGGUCACCCGGAUCUGUCUGUACGAAUCCGCCAUGUACGGUCUCAGAGAUCAAGUACUUGGUUACACGUCGGUAUGCAAACACGUUGUUUAAUGCUUGUCGUCAUGUUCAGUUUCCAUCGAGCAACCAGCCGGUGAUAUCAGCUCUCUGCGGCAGCUAUACUCCUGCUCAGUGUAAUGCACAGCGUUUUCUCAACUUCCAGGGUAGUAAUCCUUUGGCACCGUUUCCAAUUAUCUUCAAUGUAACUGACAAGUAUCCUCACUAUAAGCCGUACAAUCAGACGUUGUAUCGUUGUGAUCAACCGGUUAGUGGAUCGCAUUGUGGAUUCCAUUGCUCGUGUUCGGACUGUCCAAAAUCGUGUGUGUCUUCGCCGGUGAUACCUAAACCAGCACCUUCGUUCAAGAUCGGAUCAGUGGACGGAGUCAUGGUGAUCAUCAUCAUCAUCUACUCCGUGUUUCUCAUUGUGUUCGUGCCCUGCUGGCUGAUCCGAACGUGCAGAUCUCGAUCCGAGAGGAUAGAAACGCACGAAUCGACUCACAGUAGCAAACAGUCGUUGAGUGCGUCGACACCAUACUCCUCAGUUCGUCAAGAUCUCGAUGACUUGAUGGCACAGCAAGCGUUGCUAGACAACCGACGUGACACUAAAAGUGCUCACUACAGUUCUGUGAACGAAGAAAACGGGUCGGAAGAGCUACGACCGUACAACAACUCAGAGCCGGAAUCAAUCAAGGAUGCCGGGUGCAUCACUCGUGCGGGAUUAUCCCUGGAAAUUACCCUCAUACGUUUCUUUCGCUGGUGGGGAACCCUAUGUGCCUCGUAUCCGCUCACCGUCAUCUCUCUUUCCAUCAUCACUGUCCUCGCACUAUCAUGUGGAAUCAUACGACUCACAGUGACGACUAACCCAGUCGAGUUAUGGUCGGCGCCGACCAGUCGUUCGCGGCUAGAAAAGAACUACUUCGACUCACACUUUGGACCUUUCUAUCGUACAGAGCAGGUAAUCAUUCGGGCACCAAACGUCAAACCGUAUAACUACACAGAUCAAUUUGCGAUUGGACAUCCGACUACGUUGUUUGGUGGCGUCUUCAAUAAAUCGGUGCUGACUGAAGUCUAUUGGCUACAAUACAAUAUCACUAAUCUGAUGACUAAAGACGGCGUUCGUAUAGGCGACAUCUGUUUUCAACCGUUGGAUCCUGACAACAAGUUGUGUGCGAUCGAGAGCGUGUUGCAGUAUUUCCAGAAUAAUUUGACACGUCUUGAUAUGACUUACCCACCUGGUUUUCUGAUCUUGAGUGAUGAUUAUCACAGCCAUCUCAAGUACUGUUUUAAUGAUCCGACGUCGCCGGAUGACAGUCUUUUUGGGAUUCCAUGUUUGGCUGAUUACGGAGGAAUCGUGCCAGCAAACGUCGGCGUUGGUGGAUAUAAUGACUCGAGCUUGGUUCCGCCAUACACAGAGGCAGACACUCUGUUUCUGACUAUCAUUGUAAACAAUCACGUCGACGAAUUGCUGAACAAGAAAGCCGAGGCUUGGGAGGAAUUAUUUAUCGAUUACUUGAAGAAUUACAAAAGCGAUCUGAUUACUAUUGCUUACAAAUCCGAGAGCUCGAUUACAGCUGAGAUUCAUCGGGAAAGUGCAUCAGAUGCCAUCACUAUUGUGAUCAGCUACAUUCUUAUGUUUGUCUAUGUCGCUAUCUUUUUGGGCCACAUCCAGUCAGUACGUCGUCUCUUGCUUGACAGCAAGGUAUCACUUGGCUUGGCUGGUGUGCUGAUCGUGUUGAGUGCCGUGCUUUCAUCUAUUGGCUUAUUCAGCUAUUUCGGUCAACCCGUGACUCUAAUCGUCAUUGAAGUUAUCCCAUUUCUUGUAUUAGCAGUUGGAGUCGACAACAUAUUUAUACUUGUUCAAGCAUUCCAGAGACGAAACCUUCCCGAUCAGUACGACUUAGCCGACCAAGUUGGCAUUGUAUUGGGUCAAGUUGCUCCAAGCAUGUUACUAACUGGACUCUCAGAAUCGGUUGCAUUUUUUCUCGGGGCUUUGACUAUAAUGCCAGCCGUCAGGUCGUUUUCGUUGUGUGCCGGCAUGGCCAUUCUUAUUGAUUUCUUGCUUCAGAUUACUUGUUUUGUUGCUCUUCUCUAUCUCGAUGCCAAGCGGCAACAGCGAAAACGGAUCGACAUCAUGUGUUGUGUUCGUGACAAAAAUGCUCCCGAGAGUGCCGAGGGCUCACAGUCUUUACUCUAUACCUUAAUGAGAGAUUACUACUCAAAAUUUGUACUCAAUGACAUCGUAAGGGCCAUUGUGAUGACUGUUUUCGUCGGUGGUUUUUCUGCCAGUUUAGUGGCGAUGAAUCAUUUACACGUCGGUCUGGAUCAGAAAGUGUCGAUGCCAACGGACUCCUACCUUCAGGACUAUUUCAAAGAUUUGGCCGAGUACGCACGAGUCGGCCCGCCUGUCUACUUCGUCAUUAAAGACGGCAUCAACUACUCGAAUCCUGACGAACAGAAUCGAAUAUGCAGCCUACCCGGCUGCAACAACAACUCAGUGACAGCACAAGUUUCCGCUCAAGCAAAGAUCAAACACUACUCGAAGAUUGCGAACGCUCCCAAUUCGUGGUUGGACGAUUAUUUCUCGUGGGUGAGUCCGAAUACGAACUGUUGUCGAGUGUAUGUGAACAACGGCGACUUCUGCAAGUCAUCAGUUUCUCAAAGGACUUCAGACUGUGAGAAAUGCCUCAAUCAGAGUGAUCUCAUGACCUGCUUCAGUCCCAAACCCAAUAAAUUCUAUCACUACCUACACUACUUCCUCAAAGACAAUCCAAGCCAAACAUGCAGCAAAGGUGGUCAUGCAGCAUAUGGCAAAGCAGUCGAUUUCAAGACCAACAGCUCGAUUACAAGCUCAUAUUUUUCAUCGUUUCAUACGGCGCUAGCGAUUGAUACUGACUUCAUCGAUGCACUGAAACGAGCUCGAGAGAUCUCGGAUAAUUUAACGUUGGCCCUGGAAGGGACGGCAAAAGUCUUUCCUUACAGCUACCCUUACGUAUUCUACGAGCAAUACUUGACCAUCGUCCACGAUGCUGCUGUGAACUUAGCACUGUGUGCCGCCGCAAUCUUUGUGAUAACCUUCUUACUGAUGGGGUUCAACUUACCCUGUGCCAUCAUCGUUACUCUGACCGUAUCCAUGAUCGUCGUCGAUCUGAUGGGAGUCAUGUAUCUAUGGGAUAUCUCAUUCAACGCCGUGUCUGUCGUCAAUCUCGUCAUGGCUGUCGGUAUUUCUGUCGAGUUCUGUUCUCACAUCACGCGUUCGUUUGCCGUCAGUCGUGAACCAAAUCGUGUGACACGCGCCCGACAUGCUCUCGUCGACAUGGGCUCAUCAGUUUUGAGUGGGAUUACGUUGACUAAAUUUGUCGGCAUCGUCGUACUGGCGUUUUCCAAGUCGCAAUUGUUUGAGAUUUUCUAUUUUCGUAUGUAUUUGAGUGUUGUGCUGCUGGGAGCAAGCCACGGGCUUAUGUUUCUUCCGGUUCUGCUGAGUUAUGUGGGACCUAGUGCCAUGCCGAGUGCCAAGAUGCUAAUGCAGUCGAUCAAAGUACCAAGACAACCGGUCGUCUCUGACUCUACUCCAUCGUCCACUCAUCGGGCUUUCUACCGAUCCACAUCCCCCACAACAGUAACAAUACAAUCAGACCCAGACGUUGUUCCACCGGUCGAAACAAGUCGCUUGUUGGGAAAUGCUGGUCACUAAAUGGUUUCAUUCUUUUCUAGUAACUUAUGUGACAGACUCAAUGUUUUAGGCCUGGACUAUGUAUCAUUAGCAUUGUGUGUCAGUGUGUAUGUCUACCAUCAGUCUAAUGGGAUAAUAUAAAUUGAGUAAACAA